AUGACGAGCGCUAGAGAUGUGCGAGCUCAACUCAGGGCCAUGGCGCAGCACACAAGUCUCGAUACGAGCAAGGCGGUCAUGAGCAGCAGCAGUCAGGAGGAGAUGGACACGAGCGCGGAAGAGAGGAUCGAUGAGGGCUGCGAGGUGGACUGGACCGCUCCAACUAAAGGUGAGUGCUAUGCCUCCUUGAAGUGCCCCCAGUUUCUAUGCAUAAAUCGGCGCAUCAUUUCAUGCGGACCGCUCUCAUUUGCUGCAGACUUUAUCGGAGAGCUGCCACCUGAGCUGGCGUUGCACAUUUUGAUAUUUGUCUCUGCACCUCGCGAUCUGGUGCGGUGUCGCUUGGUGUGUCACCUCUGGAACGAGAGGGCGAUGGACGCCAGGGUGUGGCGAGCGCAAUACUUGGACAGAGCUUUGCAGGGCUGGUUGCUGCGUCCAAACGCCCUCGAGAUCUGGAAUCGAUUGUGGUCAGAGGUGCCAAACAACGGCAAAGGACCACGAGAAGGUCUAUUUGGCGGUUAUGAGGCCACCUCUUUCUCUCCUUGCGGGUUUGGCGAAUCCGCCAAUCACCAACGAUCAAACGUUUUUGCUGAAAGCGAGUGCGCAAUCACCGGGGCGCUGUACGCCACCUUUGGCCACAGUGGCUUGCCGCUCCCACGUUCCCAAACCAGCGCACCGAGGAUCAGUUGGCAAGCGCUGUACGCCGCACGAUAUGCCCUUGCAAAGCGCUGGAAUCUGACGCCCACCGGUGCGGGCGAGCUUUCAGAUCGUCUCUCACCUUCGCCAAUACCAGAUCGGCCAACUCCGACGACACCUUCCAGCGACAACCCUUUCCUCAUCCCUGGCACAAUCACAUCUUCUCCCGUUCCUGAUCCAACUUUGCCCACGCGUCUUCCUCGUCCAGGAGAUUUCAGAGGACGUCAUCGACGUGGUUCUUCAGGCGCGAGCGUGUUCGAGUCCAAAUGGCAGCCGACGACCAGGUACCUGGUAGGUCACACUGAUAGCAUCUACUGUGCGCGUAGCGAUCUCACAGUGUGGUGGCCGCGAGCGUGCUUGAAGAAGCGCAUCGUUCAACCAGACUUCGACGCGCACAAUGGAAUCGAGACCAGCUUUCGGCUCCGGGUGCCCUCCCAGGAAAGCCAGCCCCAAAUGAGUCCUGCCUCUAUGGAGGUAGAUGAGCAAGUUGGCAAUGCUCCGCACAUUGGCAGCUCUACUAAGUGGACUAAGCAACAACGUGUUGCUAAUGAUCUUGAGGGGGUAGGUACCAGGGGCAUUAUCGUUUCUGGCUCAAGAGAUCGCACCGUUCGGGUCUGGGACGGUCAACGAGGGUUGUGCCUGUACACCUUGAAAGGACACUUGGGCAGCGUGCUGUGUCUCGACUACGAUGAGGAAACUCUGAUCACAGGAUCGUCCGAUGCGACUGUCAUCAUUUGGGACUUCAGGCUCUGUGCCACUCGAGCGCAGGCCACGGAUCCGGGCGUCGACGCGAGGAGCGAUGAGAUGUGGGUGCCGAGCAAGAUUGGAAAGCUAGAGGGUCACGGAGCCGGCGUACUAGAUGUCAGCUUCGACAAGGAAUGGAUUAUCAGCACCUCCAAGGACACGACCAUCCGUAUCACGAGCAGAAAGGAUAUGGCCCUCAAGCGCGUUUAUAGGCAGCAUGUUGGACCGGUGAAUGCUGGUUGUCUUGGCAAGCUCGAUGACGAUCGGACGGUUGCCGUCAGCGCCAGUGGUGAUGGAUCUGUGCAAAUGUGGGAUCCGGCCACUGGCGAGUGCCUGCGCGUGUUCGAAGGGCACGAGAGGGGCCUGGCCUGCAUCAGCUUCGCCAACAUGACGGUCGUCACUGGGUCCAACGAUCAGACCGUACGCGUGUGGGAUGCCAAGACUGGACAAUGCCGAGCCGUUUGUCGAGGACAUGCGCAACUUGUCAGAGCUACGGCUUUUGACCCCAUCAGAUACCUCGUUGCUGGAGCUGGCUACGAUCGACAAGUCAUGCUGUGGGAUGCAGCGGACGCUCUUGCGGGUCCGACAGUUGAGGUGGAUGCCGGCAUUUCAACCACACCGCUUCCAGUACCGCCUUCGCAAUCGUCGUCUCUUGCAUCGAUUGACACGCAAACGGCCUCGACGCCCACACUGACGCCCAUCAUGCGUCUCUCUGGCACCGAAGGUCGCAUCUUUGACGUCAGACUGGACGCGCAGAGAAUCAUUAGCGCCGGAGAAGACAAGCGCAUUUGCAUCACUGACUUUGUGGCAGGCGAACCCCUCAUGCGUCUGUUCCAGUGA